AUGGGAAUUUACAAAUCAUAUAAGCGAUAUUAUCAAGCUCGACAAGCAGCUCAAAAAAGUUUAGAGAAGAGUCAAAUUGUCUCUCAGAAUAAGAUGAUUGCAGAAAUACAAGACUUAUUAUUUGAUUUAAACCAAGAACAACUUGCAGAUAUUCAUAAAAUAUUAACAGAACUUUCAAACAAUAAAGUUGUUAAUAACAAAAUUUUAC